AUGAGAAUAAUUCUGGUGUUGGGAAUAAUACUCAUGAGUUUUGGCUAUUUUACAGAAUUCGAUGACAUGGAUGAGUAUGACGAUUUCUUUGAAGACGAUGAAGAAGAUAUAUUGGACGAAUUUGAUGACGAACUUUUCGACGAGUUCGAUGACGACGAAUACGAAAAUGAGGAGGACGAGUUUGAGUUAACCCAAGAACCGGCACCCGAAGGCGGAGACCCAAACGCCGCAGGUGGAGAUCCUAAUGCGGCAGCAGGAGGUGCUGGUGGAGGAGAGGCAGGUUCAUGGUCACAAGCGGCUACUACUGAAAGACCUUCAGCCAACGAUAUCAUUGUUUCUGGACAGAGGUUGGUAGCUGAAAUGCAGGCCGCCAAGUAA